GCUUGUCAUUGUAUUGUCAUCUGGUUGUCAUCAACAUCAAUUGAUCAAUUCAUCAAUCAUCAUUGUGGUUAUCGUAAAUGUGGUGGUGAUAAAAUAAGCUUCUGAUUUUAACCAUUAUACAUAAAUUCCGAUAACUUUUGAAAAAAAUUGUUUGGGCAUAUUAUUAAUAAAGGCAUCUGUAACCCAAAUUUGAAGUUUUAUCUGUCCUGCAACGAAAAUUUAUGGCUAGGUUGGGUAAAGUCAUUUUGCAUAGCAGUGUUGUAUGACAAUUAAGCUUCAACUGUAGGUAUAAUUUAUCAAUCAGGAGUAUGGGGGUUCUCGAUGUCUGGCCGUGAGGGAGGCAAGAAAAAACCUCUCAAAGCUCCAAAGAAGGACUCCAAGGAGCUAGAUGAAUCUGAUAUGGAAUUUAAACAGAAACUUAAAGAACAACAGAAAGCACUCCAAGAAGCUAAAGCUAAGGCAUCCCAGAAGGGCCCCUUAGUAAGCGGCGGAAUAAAAAAGUCUGGAAAGAAAUAGGCGGAACUUUCAUUAUCUAUGUUCACUAGAACAAUGUAUGCAUUUCCUAUUGUUUCAUAUUUUUAACUGCUGCUGGUUUGUUAACAUGUAUCACAUUUUUGUAAAUAAAGCAGUACUUUUUGACUAAAACA